CAGCCAAAAAUGGCAAAUUCGGGGCAGUUUUGACAUUUUGCCUCGGGUCUUUAAAUAUAGGGUUCCAAACCCUAUAUCCUCACUUCUCCCUUGCCGAAAAUGCUUGCUCUCUCUCUCUAGGUCAUUUUCCAACCUUAGAUCCGAGCUUUUCCCUUGUUUUCGAGCCUCCCGUGACUUCCGAUUCACGAAAACCUCUUCGUUCCAAACACUUUGAACCGAACGAAACACGAUUUCGGUGCCCCAUUCUCGAUUUCCACCACUUGGGGUUUGUUUCCCCGAGUUUACCUUGAUUCCCGUGCCCUCUUCCGAGCCUUCUCAUUUUCCUUCGUUUUUACCCCUUGGGGUUGACUUUCGGUUGACUUUUUGCAUUUUCACCCAUUUUUCACACUUUCGACCACUUGUGCACUCUUCUCGAGAUGGCGGACGAUAUUCCACGAGGUGGGACUCCCCUAGAGAUGGACACAGAUCCUGAGGUCGAGCUCCUGCCUCUUAGCAUUCGAUCGUUCGACUCGGUGACAUACCGGCCGGCGAUACACAUAUUGCCUCCUGAUAGCAUCUGCUAGUUCAAGAGCUACGCACGAGGUGCGCCGUUGGAGCUCUUGCUACGUGAUUUAGAGUCACACCUUUCCUACGACGCCGCUGAGGUAUACUCUUCCCCUCUUUUACUUUCUGUAAUGUAGAUCAGAUAUCUUGAAUAGCCAAUUCUGUUUUUCAACUGAAUAACCCAAAUACACUGAUACAUCAUAUGCUUAGUUCACCCAGAGCACAAUCACACGAUAUCUGUGUCGACUCGAACACAUGCACACACACUGCAUUUUCAUCAACUCUGAACGCAUUCAAACACUGUAUAUCUAAUAUUACUUUGCAUCUGUUUGUCUUUGAACACAGGGAGAUUCCCAUGCCUUCCGGGGGUAUGGGAACACCAUUGCCCGAGGUUGGUACAUGGAGCUGCCCGAUGCGGUUCGUCAUAUCGUUGAUCAGGCCAGCUUCGGCGUUUUCUGCAUGGGACUCUCACGCCUUACUGCGAGUAGGCCCCUUCUAGGUGCACUAGUGGAGAGGUGGUGGGACACCACCGAUUUCUUCCACCUUUCUGCUGCAGGGGAGAUGACGAUGACUCCCUUCGAUUUCUCCAUGCUCACAGGCAUCAGAGUAGAGGGUGAUCCGAUCCCCUUCGAUAUUGACAUGGACGAGUGGGACGCUGCCCAGAUCUAUUUGCUUGGCGCUCGGCCACCUCUCUCCCGUCCAGGGUUCGUGAGGUAUUCUUGGUUUGAGGACCAUUUUCGGAUACAGACGCCUACGACUUGCGAGGAGGUGGAGCAGUACACUCGAGGAUUCAUCAUGUUCUUGCUGGGCCCCACCCUAUUGAUCGACCGAGUGAACACUGUUACUCUUUAUCUGCUAAGCGCGCUGGUGGAUGUGACGUGGAUCCGGCGCUACGACUGGGGCGGCGCAGGCCUAACCACACUCUACGGAUACAUGAGCUCUUCCUCUCGCCGCAGCGGACAUCUACUUGGGGGCUACUGGCGAGCCUGGGAGUUGUGGGUGUAUGCCUACUUUCUGAGGCUUGCCCCAGUGCUGGAUGUGGAGAUGCCCCCCAUAGUUCCAUACUCUCAUCGAUACGAUGUAAGGUGCGAACGGAGGCCGAGGGAGUCUUUCCUAUUCUUCCGCCGAUACUUCGAUACCAUUAUCGCAGCAGAGGUAUUUCAAACAUUACAGUUUAUUUAAGCUUCGCUUUACAUUGCACUUUCAAUAACAGAUAACAAAUUGUAUAUCCUGUCAUUUGCAGAUCACCUAGCAGCCCUGGGCCGUGUUGCCGGAGGAAGUGAGAGAGCAGUACGCGGGUGCUUAGGAGACUGCCCGGUUCAGGAUUUUGCUGGAGCGUCCUGUAUACCGGGCUUAGUAUUUCGGGGAGCGCUUCUUGCGGCAGACCCUUGGCGUGCCCGAGCAAAUAGUCCCGAGGCCACCUCCUACCCAUACGAGGGCCACCGAGAGGUACACUCUGGAGGAGAUGAUGGAUUUCAUGAUAGGCUGGGAUUCUGACCUCUUCAGAGAUGAGGCGACUACACCGAGUUCAUCCAGACCUAUCUCAUGUGACCUUUGACCGGUGCUCACCGAGCUGAGAGGGAGAGGCCUGCAGCGCCAGCCGGAGGAGCAGGAGUAUCAAGGGCGUCUCGGGCCUGCGACAGGAGUGGGUCCCGGAGGGGACAAGGAGUAGAGUGGCCAGCGCUGCCCACCACCAUGACAUGCCGAGGAUAGGGUGAGGAGACUUAUCGGAUACCCAUCGCUCCUCCUCCGGUUGAUCAUGAGCUCGUCGGAGUUUGCGGU